CACGGUGCCCGCCCUCGCGCCCGGCGCCUCCCCCCCAGCCUCCUCGCGGCCCAGCCAGCCCAGGCCUCCUCGCGAACAUGGCGCUUGUCCCCUGUCAGGUGCUACGGGUGGCGAUCCUGCUGUCCUACUGCUCUAUCCUGUGCAACUACAAGGCCAUCGAAAUGCCCUCGCAUCAGACCUACGGCGGCAGCUGGAAAUUCCUGACAUUCAUUGAUCUGGUGAUCCAGGCUGUCUUUUUUGGCAUCUGCGUGCUGACUGAUCUUUCAAGUCUUCUGACUAGAGGAAGUGGGAACCAAGAACAAGAGAGGCAGCUCAAGAAACUCAUCUCUCUCCGGGACUGGAUGUUAGCUGUCUUGGCCUUUCCUGUUGGGGUUUUUGUCGUAGCAAUGUUCUGGAUCAUUUAUGCCUAUGACAGAGAGAUGAUCUACCCAAAGUUGCUUGAUAAUUUUAUCCCAGGGUGGCUGAACCACGGAAUGCACACAACGGUUUUGCCCUUUAUAUUGAUCGAGAUGAGGACGUCACACCAUCAGUACCCCAGCCGAAGCAGCGGCCUCGCUGCCAUAUGCACCUUCUCUAUUGGCUACAUUUUAUGGGUGUGCUGGGUGCAUCAUGUAACCGGCAUGUGGGUGUACCCCUUCCUGGAACACAUUGGCCCAGGAGCCAGGAUCAUCUUCUUCGGGUUCACCACCAUCUUAAUGAACUUUCUAUACCUACUGGGAGAAGUUUUGAACAACUACAUCUGGGAUACAGAGAGAAGUAUGGAAGAUGAGAAGGAGAAGCCCAAAUUGGAAUGAGAUCCAAAUCUAAAUGGAAGAGCUAGAUCUAACCACCAUUGAAAACUCAUUCUCCAGGCAUUCACAGGACAGCAAGAAAAGUUUCAAAGGACAUCAUGGAGUCAGCCUCACCUCCCUGUCCCAAUGGGAAGACACAUUUUAUAUAUAUAUAUAUAUAAAAAUGAUAAAAAUAGAAUACAUUUUUUUUCCAAAAUAACUCAUCUUCAUUGUGCUUUACAGAAUUAUUUCUGAAUUCAUCAUUGAUAAUAUCUUCCUCCUUUUUUUCUUGUUUUAAAACUAAAAUUAUUAUUGGAUUUUCAUUUUUGCAGCUAUACAUCUAUUUAAUCAAGGACAAAUAAAAUUCUAUUGUGUUUCUUAUUGAAAAAUAUAUAAAGUCAAGAGUGUGGAGAUAGAGCAAAGGCAUUCAUGUAUUUAGCUCUAAACCACUAGAAUAAUGAAUCUAGGCCACUGUAUGGGCCCAAGAGAAAAUGGGAUUAAUGUUUCCUAUUGCAAUAAUGUAAUGGUUGCCUCAAAUGAGCAGUGUUAGUAAGAAUGAAAUCAAUUUAGUCAAAACUGUGACUGCAUUUAAAUAUCCUGAUUUAAUCUUGUGAAACUUCCCUAGAUGCACACUCUAAUAAAGACCAACCAACCCAAA